ACACAGCUGAGUGUGCGUAUAACAGUUAUACGAGUUUUGGCGAGAAAAGCACUUCUCGAUUUUUUCCAAAACAAACAAAAAGAAAACAAAUCCUUAUGCUAAAGCUGGGCGGUGUGUUGAGGAAAUCUUUUUUCCUGAAGCGAUACAUUUCCGCACUUUAUAUAACUGGUGACAAGGCGAACGAGCACUAUGUAACCAUCCAGCCGUUUCUGGACUUUGCCGGCACAUUCCGCGAUAGAGCGGCUUUGGAUCAUAGCAUUUCUAGCCGUGGCCUGAACAUCAAUUUGGAAACAGUGCUCAGCAAGUACAAAAACUAUCAGACACAUCAUGAACAGCUGCUCAGGCUGGAAAAGGAACGUGAUUCGAUUACCAAACAAUUAAAAUUAUUAACGAAAUCUGGUGGUUCAUCAGAGCAACUGAAUGCACUGCGUGAAAAUGGGAAAGUGUUGCGCAACGAUGCAAAAGAGCUGAAGCAAAAACUGUAUCCGAUUGAGGAUGAUUUUAUACAUGAGUUUUUGCAUUUGCCCAAUUCCUUGCAUUCCCAGUGUCCCGCCUCGGAUGUGGAAAAGCUUAUCUAUAUGCAUAAGCCGACAGCGUCGAGAAGUAGCACAUCCCAUUUGGAACGCAAGGAUCUUGUGCAUUUUGUGAACAAUAAUUGCUAUUAUCUGAUGGAGCAAGCGGCUCAUUUUGAUGUGAGAGUCAUGCAGUCCCUGGCAAACUAUUUCGUCACACGCGGCGAUUUUGUACAAACCUCCAAUCCGGAUUUUGUGCGCUGUGUGCUCCUGGAGGCGAAUGCCACACCGUUAACACAUUACUAUCUAGUCCAGGAAGAGCAUUUGCAGAACAAGUUGAAUACCGCUUACCUGACAGGUUGCGGCUCAUUCGAGAGCUUCCUAGGCGCCAUGACCAAACUCAGCGUAUAUCCUUCGGUGCUGCCGAUGCGCUUUGUGGCCUGCGGUCGCAGCUAUAACCGCGAGGAAGCACUGCUCUAUGGACCCACUCCGAGUCUUUACACUGCCACACAAACGAAUGCUGUGCAAAGCUUUGUUGCCACCCAAACGGCUGACGAGGCCGACACGGAGCUAGAGCGCGUCCUCAAUCUGGCUGUGGACUUCUACAAGUCACUCGAUGUACCCUUUCGCAUUGUGUACACGCCAGCUGUAAGUCUAACGGCCUCGGAAAGCUUGCGUGCCAGCAUUGAGGUCUAUGCGCCAUCACUAAAGCGCUACGUCUGCCUCGGGCGGAUCAGCAACUUUGGCGACUACGUAUCCAAGCGGAUACUCUUUAGUGCACGCCGAGAGAAGCACUUUGAUUUCCUGCAUUUAGUUGGCGGCCCUGUCUUGUACACCACCCGUCUUAUAGCCGCACUCAUUGAGCUAGGCGUCGAGUUGCCGUUGGGCACCUUGCCCGGCGCCCAGGCAGCUGAGCCCAGCGUUGAGGCGAUGACGCAACAUCAGCGCGACUUGCAGGAGUUUAAAGAUCUUUUCAAAUAAAAUUGCGAUUCCAUGCGAAA